GGGAGCAUCGACGGGCAGCAGCGGUGACUCCGGUGAACCAGUAGGAGGAGACUGUUCUCUGUCUUCCGCGUUCCCCCACCUCUCCACACUGUCCUCAUUACAUAGCUGCCUGUACCUUUGUGCACGUUUCUUCGCCCUCACUUUUUCUGUUUAUUUAUUAAAAAAUAAAUCAAUAUAAAACAGCUUUGUAACAUUUUUAAGGCUCCCUCCCAACCUGUUCUGUGUCUGGGAGAAGUCCACUGCCUCAUCCAUGUAUUGGAGUCCUGGGCCCCAACGCACCGGCUCCGGCUCCAGCCAUGUCGGCGAAGAAUUCAGCGGCUGGCGGCGGUGACAGAGCGGGAAGCGAACCGGCAGAAGAUGUGCUGGUUGAGGAAGAACAAAGCAGUUCUGUGUCUCUGCCCAGCCUGAUGACCCCUUCCUCAGUGUCUGGUACGUCCUUGAGCAUGGAGAUGCCCAGGAAACGAAAGGGCAGCACAGACAACCAGGAUUCAAAAUCUGCUUCUUUCAAUGAUGCAGAUAUGGAAGAUGACCAAAACAGGUCAGAUGAUGAGGACCAACAAGUCAAAAUAAAAUGCUUCAGGGAACCACAUAGCCAAAUCGAGAAAAGAAGAAGAGACAAAAUGAACAAUCUCAUUGAUAAGCUUUCAGCCAUGAUCCCGACCUGUAACCCCAUGUCUCGUAAACUGGACAAACUCACUGUGCUCAGAAUGGCCGUGCAGCACCUCAAAUCUCUUAAAGGUUCAGCUGGAUGCUUUUCUGAUGCCAGCUACAAACCGUCAUUCCUUCCUGAUGAGGAGCUUAAACACCUUGUCCUCAAGGCUGCUGAUGGGUUCCUGUUUGUAGUGGGCUGUGAUCGUGGGAAAAUAGUUUUUGUCUCAGAAUCCGUCACGAAGAUAUUAAAUUAUAGUCGGACGGAGCUGAUUGGACAGAGCCUGUUUGAUUACAUACACCCCAAGGACAUAGGAAAAGUGAAGGAGCAGCUGUCGGCUUCUGAAUUACACCCUCGCGAACGGCUAAUAGAUGCCAAAACCGGUCUGCAGGUCCAGGCUGACCUUCCAGUCGGUGCAACGCGCCUCUGUUCAGGUGCGCGCCGCUCUUUUUUCUGCCGUAUGAAGUGCAACAAAAUAUUUGUCAAAGCAGAAGAGAAGGAAUCCCAGGCCAACACCUCCAAAAAGAAAGAGUCACAGAAGUACUGCACAGUCCACUGUACAGGCUACAUGCGCAGCUGGCCUAGCAGUCAAAUUGGAGCAGAGGGGGAGGGGGAAGCUGACAAGCAGGAUAGCUCCCAUUUCAGCUGCCUUGUGGCAGUGGGACGCAUCCAUUCCCACUCAUCACCCCAAGUUAACGGAGAAAUCCGAGUUAAACCCACAGAGUUCAUCACACGCUACGCCAUGGAUGGCAAAUUCACCUUUGUUGAUCAUAGAGCGACAACCAUUCUAGGUUAUCUUCCCCAAGAAUUGCUUGGGACAUCAUGCUAUGAAUACUUCCAUCAAGAUGACUUGCCGCAUUUAGCAGAUAGACAUCGAAAAGUGCUGUGGAGUAAAGAGAAAAUAGAGACAAACUGCUAUAAGUUCAAAACAAAAUAUGGUUCUUUUGUUACUCUGCAAAGUCAGUGGUUUAGUUUUGUAAAUCCCUGGACCAAAGAAGUAGAAUACAUAGUGUCAACUAACACAGUCAUAUCGCAUGAUAACAGUCGAACAGGACGAUCGGGAAAUAAGUCUGAACAGUCGAGCAAUUCCAAGACUUCUGAAGAAGAUUGCAAGAAGUCCCUUCCAAUUAUACCAGGGAUCUCUAACACACCUGGUAGCAUGAUAUAUGCUGGAAGCAUAGGGACCCAGAUUGCCAAUGAGCUGUUGGAUUUUAACAGGUUGAACUCGUCGCCUUCCAGCGGAAAUGCCAGCCCGUUCAAUCUCCAAGAUAAGUCUCCACAAACUCUCAAUCAAGUCAGCAACAAUGUGCCAAAAGUAGAAACAGCUGACAUGGAAACGCCAGGAAAGUCUAGCUCAGAAAACGAGACCCAGGAAGCUCAAGGAGCUUCAUUCUCAGGAGGAGACACACUCAUGGCAGAAAAUUCCCAGCUGGAUUUGGACAGUGUAGUUGGACCAGGCCUCAGCAGUCUGAGUAACGAUGAGGCAGCCAUGGCAGUGAUAAUGAGCCUCCUGGAGACUGACACGAACUUGGGGGAAGCUGUGGACUUUGAAGAAAUGCACUGGUCCUUAUAGAAUCUGUAUUACCAUGUAUUGCAGCCACUGAGAAAUACUUGGGCCAUCACUUUGCGGAAACUGGUAAAUCCUAACUCCACGAAGCAGCCGUCAAUUUUCUUUACUUUUAUUUAUUAGUUACUCCUAUCAACAUGUGCUGUGUAGUGUUUGAGUGGCUGCUCUAACAGGAUCAGGACUGACAACAUUAAGGGACACCUGCUUUUUCCUUCUCAGAAGGGGGAUAUGCCUUUAAAGCCUUACAGCAGUCUGUCUGCCCUGAAACACUGUUCCUCACUGCUUUACUCAAAUCCAUCGGCCACAUAAAGUUCCAAGAACCCACAAACUUAAAUGGCAGCACAUCACAUGGGAUACCUGCCUCUAAUACUUUCCUCCACCUGCGUUUGAACAAUGGUUUGGAGUGACGAUGCAAAAAAAUAGCACUGAAUUGAUAAAAGGUUGUAAUUUCACUAGAGUACUGUAUGGCAGAUUAAAAUGUGAGGAAGACAGCUUGACAGCCUGGUCCAUCUCUGCAACCCCUUAGGAUCCAAGACGUGGGUAUCCAGUGUACCGCGGCAUACCACACUUCCAUAACCUCUAACUUUGAGAGUCGACUACAGCGUGACCCUCGGAGAGUUUUUCUUGUCAGUAUCUGAACAUUUUUCAUGGAAACCAUCUUGUAACCUCUUCUCUUGUACACAGAGUUAAACAUACUGUAUAUGUGCGUAGUUGGUAUGAUGGCAAACACCAUGUAAUCAGACCACAUGUGUCUUAAAGGGAUAGUUUGCAUAUGAAGCCCAGGAUUUUCUUAGCUCUGACAUAAAACCCGUCUUUUUUUUUUUCUUUUUUUUUUCGGUCAGAAAACAUUUAUCUGUGUAGAUUAAAUGAAACUAACUAAUAGAUUUGUGAGCAACACAGUACAACAUCAUGCUAAGCUAAAUAGCACUUUUGGUGCUGAAAAGGGUUUGGUAGCAAAGCUGAACUACAAGCCUGCGUCACGUCAGUGACGUUUUCUCAGUACAUGUUUAAAGCUAAUCUAAGUCUGAUGGUAGAAGAGAUAACUCAGGAAGUUAUCCAGUUAAAGGUUUUACGUACCUCCGUACAUACUGUACAGUGGUAUGUGGUGUACUUGUUUACCUGUGCAUCUGUGUUUUUAUUCGUCAGCUUUCCAGGUAGGCCAUAGCUUUAGCUCUUUUUGUUUUGUUGCUAAUAUACUGUUAUGCACUGACAGUCUCUCAGAAGACAUGUUCAUGUUUUAUGUGCUUGUUAAAGGCACACAUUGUCGCCAUGUGUCCAUUUAUUAGGGGAUUGUGCUAUGCAGAAUUAUCAUUCCAUAAAUUCUAAAUUUAGUGGUUUGUUUCUACACAAUGGUCAUGUGCAGAACUCCUAAAUUUAUAAGAACCUUUGAUGAUUUGUGAUGUGACAUUUUAUGAGAAGUCAAGUCCCUGGACAUUAUAGAUCCUUUUGUCAUUUACCUCAAGUAGAGUUUUGUCCUUGCUCAGAAUUGCACAUUUUAGCUUUUACUAUUAACAAUAAACAUUGAUCGCUGUUAUUAUAAUGAUCCGUUUGUUAGUGAUCCACUAAAGAGUCACAUGGCUUUUGAUUUUUAUCACCCAAGCAUGUCAGUGUUGUUGAAAAGUGGAUUUCUCAUGAAAUGGGAAAACUUGUCCUUGUUAAUGCCAGAUCAUAUAAAAAUUAUGUCUUUACUCAAAAGUUGGGAAAAUUUAUUGUAUUGGUUUCAUCAGAUGUAUACACUUUUUAAACUCCCCUUUUAAAUUAUAUUAAAAAAAUAUAUUUGUCAUGUAAUAAUACAAAGUUGUAGAUAAAGAUUUUAUGUUGUCCAGCAGAAUUAUCAUUUGGCACUUCAACUGUAGGUGUAUUUUAUUUUCUGGAGACUUGUGUAUGUGACAUUUACAGGUUUGGUUUUAAGUGUUGUACACUGUAGGGAGUGCAGUGAAAACCUAAAUUAAUACAUGUUUAUGUUUGAUCCCCCUUAUUACACCUAUGAAUACUAUCUGAACCGCUCACACUUCAACAUCACGUAGAACAGUUUAAAUUUCAUAAUGGCAUUGUAACCCCCCCCAAAAAAAAAACAAAAAACUUUUGGGUGGAAAUGGUUGUGACUCCUGAAGAAUACUGUCUUUUCUCUAUAAUGCUUGAAUUGUUACGAGCCAGUUAAAGGAGCAGCUGAGCUCACAAGGACCCUUCUGCCUGUGUCUGAAGUGCCUUUGGACAUUUCUACUCGGACACACAAUAAACCCGUGUUUCUCCAGCAGGCCGCCUCCCACACGGCACCCCUACAGACUGAACGGAGGGCUGAUGUAUUCAUUAGCUUAACUUGACGCACCAUGGCAUAUUGUGUUCUUAAUUAAUGAAUGCUUGUUCAGAGAUGAAACAGGGCCCUGGACAUGUUUCACUACCUAACCAAACAUGCAGAGCUAUGGAGCUGUGCCAUAGACACAGGCUGGUCCUUUUUAAAGGCAGAAUGCCAGUUUUGUAUUGUUUCUGUUGUUUCUGUUCUUCCUACAUCAUUGCACUGUUGUGGCUGUCGUUUCCCCAGAAAGCUAAAAUAUUGGUGUCAUGUCAGCUUGUUUAGUGGUGCUAGUGAUAAACCUUUUCAAUAGGUCACACAUUUUUGCUUUUGUCUCCAUAUAAAAUAUGCUGUAGAUUGUUUAA